UUCACUUCCCUGCAGGCAGAGCAGUGUCAGUCUCAAACCAUUUUAUUUUAUUUUAUUUUAUUUUUUUUUACUCAAACCAAUUUCCAUUUCUUUGUGAGCGACUCAGCUUACGUGUGCCAAUAUUUAAGUUUCAACUCACUUAUGUUUUUUAUUCUUCCACUGUUUCAUCAUUAAUCACUCUCUUAGGUUACCAUUCUUUUUGGAAAGUUUGGAUAUCGGUCUCGAACCAAAACUAUCAGCUUGGUAUUUGGGGUCUACGGAACAAAGACAUUCAUCCCGUUGAGAUUCAAUGAGUAUGGUGAACUUGAGGUAGAGGAGGAAUUAGGUCGGUAUUUCAGUUAUAGAUUUGAAGAUGGCUUCUAGAAGGGGGUCUGAUCAGCCACCGCAGAGGCGGAUUCUGCGGACUCAGACUGCCGGGAAUUUUGGAGAUUCAAUGUUGGACAGUGAAGUUGUACCUUCUUCACUAGUGGAUAUUGCUCCAAUCCUCCGUGUUGCAAAUGAAGUCGAGGCUAAAAACCCAAGAGUUGCUUAUCUCUGUCGGUUCUAUGCCUUUGAGAAAGCUCACAGACUAGAUCCUACAUCUAGUGGACGUGGUGUUCGCCAAUUUAAAACCGCACUUCUUCAACGACUAGAAAGGGAAAAUGAAACAACAUUGAAAGGAAAGGCAAAGAGUGAUGCUCGGGAAAUGCAGAAUUUUUAUCAAGAAUACUAUAAGAAAUAUAUUCAAGCUUUGCAUGCUGAUAAGGCUGAUCGUGCCCGGCUGACAAAAGCGUAUCAAACUGCUGCUGUCCUAUUUGAGGUUUUGAAGGCUGUAAAUCAGACAGAGGCUGUUGAAGUAGCUGAUGAGAUUUUGCAAGCCCACACAAAGAUUGAAGAAAAAUCAGAGAUAUAUGUACCAUACAAUAUUCUUCCUCUUGAUCCUGAUAGUCAAAAUCAGCCUAUAAUGAGAUAUCCAGAGAUUCGAGCUACAGUUGCUGCACUUCGUAAUACUAGGGGCUUGCCAUGGCCAAAGGGGCACAAGAAGAAAAUUGAUGAGGACAUUCUAGACUGGCUUCAGUCCAUGUUUGGCUUUCAGAAGGAUAAUGUGGCAAAUCAAAGGGAACAUUUGAUUCUGUUGCUUGCGAAUCUGCGCCUGAGAAGUUUUCCAAAUUCCGAUCAACAGCCGAAGUUGGAUGAUCGUGCUCUGACAGAUGUGAUGAAAAGACUUUUCAAGAAUUAUAAAAGAUGGUGCAAAUAUCUGGGUCGCAAAAGUAGCCUCUGGUUGCCUACUAUUCAGCAGGAAGUUCAGCAGAGAAAAUUACUAUACAUGGGCUUAUAUCUUCUUAUAUGGGGAGAAGCUGCAAACUUGAGAUUCAUGCCAGAAUGCCUUUGCUAUAUAUAUCAUCAUAUGGCAUUUGAAUUGUAUGGCAUGCUGGCUGGAAGUGUUAGUUCACUGACAGGCGAGCACAUAAAGCCAGCCUAUGGUGGUGAAGAAGAAGCAUUUUUGAUGAAAGUAGUGACUCCAAUUUAUGAUACAAUUGCAAAGGAAGCUAGAAGAAGUAAAGGAGGAAAAUCAAAGCAUUCUCAAUGGAGAAACUAUGAUGAUUUGAAUGAAUACUUCUGGUCUGUUGAUUGUUUUCGCCUAGGUUGGCCUAUGCGUGCUGAUGCUGAUUUCUUUUGCCAGCCCAUUGAAGAGCUUCUUGUUGACAAAAAUGAGGAAAAGAAACCAUCUUAUCAGGAUCGAUGGAUGGGCAAGAGCAAUUUUGUUGAAAUACGGUCAUUUUCACAUAUUUUUCGGAGUUUUGAUAGGAUGUGGAUAUUCUAUAUUUUAUGUUUACAGGUAAUGAUCAUAGUUGCUUGGAAUGGUUCGGGGAAUUUAAAUACCAUUUUCAAUGGUGAUGUUUUCAAGAAAGUCCUUAGCGUCUUUAUAACUGCUGCAAUAUUAAAGCUUAUACAAGCCAUUCUUGAUAUAAUCCUGAGCUGGAAAGCAAGGCGAAGCAUGUCAACUUUUGUUCAGCUAAGAUACUUCUUGAAGGCUGUUACAUCUGCAGCAUGGGUCAUCAUUUUACCAGUGACUUAUGCAUACAGUUGGAAAGAUGCUAGUGGUUUUGCACAGACCCUUAAGGGUUGGUUUGGCAAUGGCCCAGGCUCAUCAUCUAUGUUCAUCUUGGCUGUAGUCAUUUACUUAGCUCCAAACAUGCUCUCGACAGUGCUGUUUCUAUUCCCAUUUAUUCGCCGACACCUUGAAAGUUCAAACUAUAAGAUUGUGAUGCUCAUAAUGUGGUGGUCUCAGCCCCGACUUUAUGUUGGAAGGGGAAUGCAUGAAAGCUCAGUUUCUCUUUUAAAGUACACCUUGUUUUGGGUUCUCCUACUUGUAUCAAAAUUAGCAUUCAGUUACUAUGUUGAGAUUAAGCCACUUGUAAAUCCAACAAAAGCAAUUAUGAAAGUUCCCAUCAAAAAGUAUAAAUGGCAUGAGUUCUUUCCACAAGCCAAGAAUAACAUUGGUGUGGUGAUUGCACUAUGGGCUCCUAUUAUUCUUGUCUAUUUUAUGGAUACUCAGAUUUGGUAUGCUAUUUUCUCCACGAUAUUUGGAGGCAUAUAUGGUGCAUUUCGCCGUCUUGGAGAGAUCAGAACUCUGGUCAUGCUAAGGUCUCGAUUUACAUCCCUUCCCGGUGCUUUCAAUGCACGCUUAAUUCCAGGGGAAAGGAAUGAGCAGACUAAGAAGAAGGGGCUGAAAGCCACUUUUUCUCGCAAAUUUGAUGAGAUCCAAUCUAAUAAAGGGAAGGAGGCAUCAAAGUUUUCUCAGCUAUGGAAUGAAAUAAUCAGUAGUUUCAGAGAGGAGGAUCUAAUAAAUGAUAGGGAGAUGAUUUUGUUACUUGUUCCGUACAUGGCUGACCCCGAUUUAAACCUCAUCCAGUGGCCUCCUUUUCUACUUGCUAGCAAGAUCCCAAUAGCAUUGGACAUGGCAAAAGAUAGCAAUGGAAAAGACAGUGAACUGAAAAAGAGAUUGAGCAGGGACAAUUACAUGCGAUCUGCUGUUCGCGAGUGUUACCUUCAAUUUAAAAGUAUUAUCUACUUUUUGGUUCAAGGAGAACGUGAAAAAAAAGUUAUAGAAGAUAUCUUCAACAAAGUUGAUGAUCAUAUACAAAAGGACGAUCUGCUACUGGAAUUCAAUAUGAGUGCUCUCCCGAACCUGUAUCAACAGUUUGUGACUCUAAUAGAAUAUUUGUUAUCAAAUAGGAAGGAGGACAAAAAUGAGGUUGUCAUUGUCUUGCUCAAUAUGUUAGAGGUUGUGACCAGGGACAUAAUGGAAGAAGAGAUCCCCAGCUUGCAGGAUUCAAGCCAUGGUGCAUCUUACAGAACAGAUGAAGGAAUGACACCACUUGAUCAACAGCCUAAAUUGUUUGGUGCACUUAAUUUCCCUGUGACCUCAGAAACUGAAGCUUGGAAAGAAAAAAUCAAAAGGCUCCAUCUAUUGCUCACGGAGAAGGAGUCUGCUAUGGAUGUGCCUUCCAACUUAGAAGCUAGAAGGCGUAUUUCUUUCUUCUCCAAUUCAUUGUUUAUGGACAUGCCUCCUGCACCCGAAGUUCGAAAUAUGCUUUCUUUUUCAGUUCUAACACCUUACUACUCGGAGGAUGUAUUGUUCACUAUAGAUCACAUUGAAAAGCAAAAUGAAGAUGGUGUUUCUAUCCUUUUUUACCUGCAAAAGAUCUUUCCAGAUGAAUGGACAAACUUUCUUGAACGGGUCAAAGCAUAUCCAGAAGAUUUUAGAGGCAAUGAAUUACUUGAAGAAAAACUUCGUCUAUGGGCAUCAUAUAGAGGCCAGACAUUGACAAAGACAGUAAGGGGCAUGAUGUAUUACCGAAAAGCUCUGGAACUUCAGGCCUUCCUGGAUAUGGCAAAUGAAGAAGAUUUAAUGAAAGGUUACAAGGCUGCUGAGGUAAACGGUAUGGAACAAUCAAAGGGUGAACGGUCAUUAUUGGCACAGUGUCAAGCACUAGCUGAUAUGAAAUUCACAUAUGUCGUGUCAUGCCAGCAAUACGGCAUUGACAAGCGAUCUGGCGAUGCUCGUGCAAAAGACAUUUUGAAACUUAUGACAACGUACCAAUCUCUUCGGGUAGCUUACAUCGAUGAGGUUGAAGAACCUAGUAAAGAUCAAACCAAAAAGGUCGCCAAGAAGGUCUAUUAUUCAGCUCUUGUGAAGGUGGCAUCACCAACCAAGUCAAGUGAUUCUUCUGAACCAGUUCAAAGUUUAGACCAAGUUAUCUACCGGAUAAAGCUUCCUGGGCCUGCAAUAUUGGGUGAGGGGAAGCCAGAAAAUCAAAACCAUGCCAUAAUUUUCACACGUGGUGAAUGCUUGCAAACAAUAGAUAUGAACCAGGAUCACUAUUUGGAGGAAGCCUUCAAAAUGAGAAAUUUGUUGCAAGAAAUUCUGAUAAAACAUGAUGGUGUGAGAUAUCCCACAAUACUUGGACUUAGGGAGCAUAUAUUCACUGGCAGUGUCUCAUCGCUGGCAUGGUUUAUGUCAAAUCAGGAGACUAGUUUUGUUACUAUUGGGCAAAGAUUGUUGGCGAACCCUCUCAAAGUUCGGUUCCAUUAUGGCCAUCCAGAUGUCUUCGACAGACUGUUCCACCUUACCAGAGGGGGUGUUAGCAAAGCUUCAAGAGUCAUCAAUUUAAGCGAGGACAUAUUUGCAGGUUUUAAUUCUACAUUGCGUGAUGGCAAUGUUACUCAUCACGAAUAUAUACAAGUUGGUAAAGGAAGGGAUGUUGGGCUCAAUCAAAUCUCAAUGUUUGAGGCAAAAAUAGCUAAUGGGAAUGGUGAACAGACAUUGAGUCGUGACAUAUAUAGGCUUGGACAUCGUUUUGAUUUUUUCCGAAUGUUAUCAUGCUACUUUACCACAGUUGGCUUCUACUUCAGCACCUUGGUGACUGUGCUCACAGUCUAUGUGUUUCUCUAUGGCCGACUUUAUCUUGUACUUAGUGGACUUGAAAAAGAGCUGCGUACUGAGCCUGCUAUUCGGGAUAAUAAACCUUUACAAGUAGCUCUUGCUUCUCAGUCUGUUGUGCAAAUUGGACUUUUAAUGGCAUUGCCUAUGAUCAUGGAAAUUGGUUUGGAAAGGGGGUUCCGUAAUGCAUUGACUGAUUUCAUAAUAAUGCAAUUACAGUUGGCCCCUGUAUUUUUCACAUUUUCUCUUGGAACAAAAACCCACUAUUAUGGAAGGACCUUGCUUCAUGGAGGUGCUGAAUAUAGAGGAACAGGUCGUGGAUUUGUAGUGUUCCAUGCCAAAUUUGCUGAUAACUAUAGACUCUACUCGAGGAGCCAUUUUGUCAAGGGCAUUGAAUUGAUGAUGUUGCUUAUUGUGUAUCACGUUUUUGGUCAAUCAUAUAGAGGCGUCAUUGCAUAUGUCCUCAUUACAGUAUCGAUGUGGUUUAUGGUUGGCACAUGGCUUUUUGCUCCUUUCCUCUUCAAUCCAUCAGGGUUUGAGUGGCAAAAGAUUGUUGAUGACUGGACAGAUUGGAAUAAGUGGAUAGGAAAUCGUGGAGGGAUCGGUGUGUCUCCUGAUAAAAGUUGGGAAUCCUGGUGGGAAGAUGAACAAGAACAUCUUCGUCACUCUGGAAAGCGUGGGAUUGCUGUUGAGAUAUUGUUAGCAUUACGCUUUUUCAUCUACCAAUAUGGGCUUGUCUAUCACCUCAACAUUACUAAGAACACCCAGAAUUUUCUGGUUUAUGGUGCUUCAUGGCUUGUGAUUGUUCUAAUUUUAUUGGUGAUGAAGGCUGUAGCUAUUGGAAGACGAAGAUUAAGCGCAAAUUUUCAGCUAGUGUUUCGACUGAUAAAGGGACUUAUCUUCCUUACGUUUUUAUCCAUUUUCAUUACCUUAAUAGCACUUCCCGGUAUGACUUUUACAGACAUCUUAGUCUGCAUUCUCGCUUUCAUGCCAACAGGAUGGGGAUUGCUCUUGAUAGCACAAGCCUGCAAGCCUCUAAUAAAAAAAGGUGGAUUUUGGGGAUCGGUUCGAACACUUGCUCGUGGUUAUGAGAUAGUGAUGGGGUUGCUUCUGUUUACCCCUGUUGCAUUCUUGGCUUGGUUCCCUUUUGUUUCCGAGUUCCAGACACGAAUGCUGUUCAACCAAGCAUUCAGUAGGGGUCUGCAAAUCUCACGUAUUCUCGGUGGUCAGAGGAAGGACCGCUCUUCCAGCAACAAAGAGUAGAUGUUUUCCAAUUGUAAGUGAUUUUGGUAAAAAUGUACAUGUGUUUGUGUAUAUCUCUCUCUCUAUAUAUAUAUAUAUAGGUAUGUAUGUAUGUAUGUUGCUGUUUUCAGUUAAAAAUAGGCAAUAUCAUCAGUAUGUAAAUUGAAUUUGAAAUGGCCAAUCUUGUUCUGUAUAUAGGACACUAUUGAACUUUCAACAAUAGAUAUUAUUUAUAGUUUGGAAUACAUUUUACAAGCGGCAUUCACUCAAA